AUGGGUUCAAUUGAAGCCAACCCAACGAGUGAGUUCUUUGAAGCUCAAGCUCACUUGUAUAAACAUGUCUUUAGUGGCAUUAAUGGCACAGUUCUUAACUGUGCUGUUCAACUAAGACAUCCAGACAUAAUCCACAGCCAUGACCAGCCCAUUACUAUUCCUCAAUUGGCCUCCAAACUUGAAGUUCAUCCAACCAAAACUACCUUUAUUGAGAGGCUUGUUCGCUCACUGGUGUACAAUGGUUUCUUAGUAGAAGCCAAGGUGAGCGAGGAAGAAGAAAAGGAGGCAUAUUCUCUCACUCCAUCUUCUAAACUACUGGUCAAAGGCUUGGAACCUAACCAGCACCAAUGGUGUUGGGGUUUGUUGACACUGGGAAUGGCUAGUAACUCACAGAUAAUGAACAUGGCACUUAGAGAUUGCAAGUCAAUCUUCAACGGACUUGAAAACCUAGUUGAUGUUGGAGGUCGCGCAGGAACCACUUGUAGGAUCAUCUCCGAGACAUAUCCUAAUCUGAAAUGUAUAGUGUUUGAUCUUUCACAAGUUGUUGAAAACUGUCCAGGAAGCAAUAACUUGAGUUAUGUUGGUGGCAGCAUGUUUGAAUCCAUCACUUCUACUGAUGGUGUUCUAUUGAAGUGGAUAUUACAUGAUUGGGAUGAUGAAAGCUCCAUAAAGAUGUUGAAAAAAUGUAAGGAGGCAAUUUCAAAGAAAGCUGAAGGAGGAGGAAAAGUGAUAAUCAUUGACGUAGUGAUAAAGGAAAAGGAAGAUCACAGUGACAUGGCACAAGUGAAACUCUUGUUUGACAUGACGAUGAUGAGUACUCUCAAUGGAAAAGAGAGAACUGAGAAAGAAUGGAACAAACUUCUUGUCUCUGCAGGCUUCAAACAUCACAAGAUUACUCCUCAUUUUGGUUUUAGGUCAAUCAUUGAAGCGUAUGUCAAAUCAUUACCUGCUUUGAAAUUUCUCAGACGAAAUUUAGUCUUUUAA